UAUAAGAUUUUAAAAAUGUUCAAUGUAAAAUACAAUGAAGAUACUUGGAAAUUUAUUUUUCCAAUUUUAAUUAACUUUUUUAUGUCAAUUAUCAUGUAUUUUUUAACUAUACGUUUAAUCCCAAAAAUAAAAAAUAUGUUUAUUAAAGCUAACCUAUACGGUAUUGAUAUGAAUAAAAAGAGUGGUGAAAAAGUGCCUGAAGCUUUAGGUGUUGUUACUGGAUGUCUUUUUCUUAUAACACUCUUUUUGUUUAUUCCUAUACCAUUUACAAAAUAUAUUCUUAAUGAUAUAAAUUUUCCUCAUAAUGAGUUUAUGGAGUUUUUGGCAGGUUUACUUUCAAUUUGUUGUAUGUUACUAUUGGGUUUUGCUGAUGAUGUUUUGGAUCUUCGGUGGCGUCAUAAAUUAUUAUUACCAACUAUUGCUUCAUUACCACUUUUGAUGGUGUAUUAUAUUAAUUUCAAUUCUACAUUAAUUAUUGUGCCAAAACCCUUAAGACCAUGGUUUGGUUUCUCAGUAGAUCUCUGCAUAUUUUACUAUUUAUAUAUGGGGAUGCUAGCAGUAUUUUGUACAAAUGCCAUAAAUAUAUUAGCUGGUAUAAAUGGUUUAGAAGUUGGACAAAGCUUAAUAAUUUCAAUUAGUAUUCUUCUAUUUAAUCUAAUAGAAUUAUCAGGAGAUCUUUGGAAAGCACAUCAAUUUUCAUUAUAUUUCAUGCUUCCAUAUAUAGCAACAUCAUUGGGAUUAUUAAAAUUUAAUUGGUAUCCAGCACAAGUAUUUGUAGGUGAUACUUUUUGUUAUUUAUCUGGAAUGACAUUUGCUGUUGUUGGUAUUAUUGGACAUUUCAGUAAAACAACUUUACUUUUUUUCAUUCCACAAAUAAUUAAUUUUCUUUAUAGUGUGCCACAAUUAUUUCAUUUUAUACCAUGCCCUAGACACAGAUUGCCGAAAUAUAAUAAAAAAACUGAUAAAUUAGAAAUUAGUACUACAGUAUUUAAUAAAAAAGAUAUAGGCAUUAUAGGUAAAUUUAUAGCAUGGAUAUUUAGGAUAAACAUAAUAAAAUGGCAAGAAGAUGAUAAAGGUAUUGUUACUUGUAAUAAUUUUACAUUAAUUAAUUAUGUACUUAUAAAAACUGGUCCGAUGAAAGAACCUACACUUACAUUGAUUUUAUUGCUAAUUCAGAUUAUUAGCAGUUCAUUAGCAUUUCUCAUAAGAUAUCCUCUUGCUUCUAUCUUCUAUGAAGUUUAAAAACAUAUAUUUAAAAAGUACAAAAUUACUUUGUUGUUUUAUAAUGAAGUAAUAUAUGUAUAUUAUGUAAAAAAAUUUUUUACAUAAAAUCUUUUAAAAUAUAGUUUUAUACUUUGUAAUCAUUCUGAGUGUACAUUUAUGAACAGUUAUAUAUUAUGUAAAUAUUAUUUUUUAUUAAUAUAAAUAAAUAAAAUAUAUUUUUUUCCAGU